AUGACCAGCCUGUCGUUGCUACUGCUGUUUGCUGUUGCCCACUCUCUCGUGUGCCAGGCGUCACCGGCCUACGAGAUUCUGGAAGCCGAUGACGAGGAGGGUCUGAGUGAGGCUCUGAAAUGGGAAGGACCAGAAGCGAAGGAGGCGGUGCAAGAGCAGGAGUAGGAGGAUGAGAAGAGAUCAAGGGAAUUGAAGGCAGAUAGUGAGGAGCUGGAGGCUGGGUUGGUUGAAGGGACUUUGGCUCCUGCGCGCAGUAGACGCGGCAUAUUAUGCGUUCGCGUUUGUAUUGGCAGAAUUUGCAGAGUUGGCUGUAAACGUGUUUAACCGCAUCCACACUUACAAUAAAUUGCCUAGUUAGAUAAAUGAGACAUUUGUUCUUGCUCCGAGCGAAGAUGCUCGGGCAGUUCGGAGGGGCUCCAAUUAGUUUUGUUCUGGUUGAACUAAUUAUUAAGCGUAAGGAAAUGGGGCAUGCCAUCUUCAAGUCUUCCAGCGUCUGAACUGCAGCAAAAUCGACAACUUGCCCUUUUCACCGACCAGGUCCGCAGCCACCUGUGAUACGAAACCGGUUAUAAGAGGGAUAUUAUCAGAUGGGGCCUUGGAUUUAAUAUUGGACGAGGUCAAUUAGUUGCUUCCAAAAGAAAGCUAUAUGUCCUGUAUAGUUGCACUUUGAAUGGUUGAGAAAUAGCUGCAUUAACCCCUAGCCCCUUAACCCAGCCCCUAACCUCAACUCCAACAUUAUUGUUUCAGUCGGGUGGGGCUACAUAACCAUAUCUUACGUUCCACUUACACAGGGACAAAGAAGGCAAGCAGCCUGUAUUCAAUAAGACUCCUUCGACAACUACCACCUUGUCCUUAGUAGUGUCAUUGACGAUUACUCAUGCUCUCCUCUGUCUGUCAACGUCGGUGGUAGUGUUCCUGGAAGUAACCGAAGAGGAUGUGAUUUAAGGAAGCCUGAGCAGGCCUGGAGUGGAAUAGAUUCAGGAAUACUAUUUUUGGGGAUGAUACGUUGUAGUAGGCGAUCGACACCUCGUCUCCUAUGAGAAGCAGCUUGACAAGGUCCCCUCAGAUACAGUUUAAUGUGGUUCACAAUUCCGCUCUGAGAUGGGCAUAUGCCAGGGCCACUGUAAAAACAACACUCGCUAAGAACUGCCAGUUUGAUAAUGUCACUUUUCUCCCUUGCUCCUCCAUGCCUCUACACACUGGAUCAUGUCUUGCAGGACUGAUGAAGACAAAAUCAGUUGUUAGAGUUAGUGUAUAAACUGAGAUUAUUUUUCAAGUCAAAUACGUGAAGAAGUCGUGUAAUUCCAAUUUACCAGGGUUUUAUAGCUGGUUUCCUUUUUUAUUUGAGCCAGUGUUCUUGUGAUCAUUAGGUUUAAAUGCUUCUACUGCUCCGCCUUUCGCAUCAGACCUGGGUACUACACUACUUAUAUAACCACGCUCAAAUAUUAAGUUCUGUGAUUGACCGAUGUCAUGCAAUGUUGGCCGAAAUUCUGAACUGCGAUUUCGAUUAUAAAGGAUCACUUUGCUGGGGUUGUAAUACUGAUCCUUAUGCGGUAAACGCCUGUAGUAUUUCAGACUCACCAGAUUUUCGGCUUUUGACUGAUCUUCUUUGCGAUCCCACUGACCAAACCACACUCGAUAAAAACUGACUGCUUAUGUAGCAUGUAUUUUCACAUUUAUUUUCGGUGUUCUUGUAAAUUCAAAUAUAUUUUUUUAAAAACAUGCACAAAGCGUGCUUUUUUACUCAUUUGGUAGGAAAUCACAUCGUCUUUACGUUUUAUACCCUAAGAAAAUUUAUCUUUUUUCCUUAAAAAAGAUUUCUAAUUAUGAGAUUUUAGGACUGUCAGAUCUCAAUUGAUACAGCAUCGCACAUAUCCGUUUGCCAAUGCUCCUCAUGAAUUUCAUGACCUUUAUAUGAUGUCUUUUUGAAGGCUUGGAGGAAUAUAUGAUUUUCCUCACGCGGAAGGCAUACACUUUGCAGACUGAAAUCGCUAAACGCUAAUGCAACGGCUGGCUAGGCCCAAAAUUAUUUAGAAAUUGGGAAACUUUUCACUACCGAAAGAUAACCUUUCUUGGAGUAUAAAACGUAAAGAUGAUGUGAUUUCCUACCAAACGAGCAAAAGAAAGCAUGUUUUGUGCAUGUCUUCUAUAAAACAUAUUUGAAUUUACAAGAACACCGAAAAUUAAUGUGAAAAUACCUGUUGCAUAAGUAGUCGGUUUUUAUCGAGUGUGGUUUCGGCAUGGGGAGGGAAGAGAAGUUCAGCCAAUGCCGACACCCUUUCGAGUCUGAAAUGCUAUAGGAUUUUGCCUCUUGAGGAUCAAUAUUACAACCCCAGCUAAGUAAUACUUUCUAAUCGAAAACGCAUUCCAGAGUUUCGGCAAACACUUCAUGAGAUCGGUCACGCACUGUAGGUGUAUGAAUAUAAAGGUUUUUAGAACAUAGGAGACUACGCAAACGAUGGAAUAAGAUAGAGAAUUUCACUUUUGUACAACUUUCCCAUAGAUAUUUUUUCACUUGUACAGAUAGAGAAGGUCGAUGUAAAAAUUCAUGCUGCUGAUUCAGUCCGUACUGAGCAAGCGUGAUUUGAUAGACGUCCUCCCUCACGACCAGCCUCCUGGUUUCAUGGCAUCUCUGUUUCUGACAAUGCAUUAGAUAUCUAAAUAGCCGAUUUACGGUUAUAACCUGCAGAGAGGGGGGGAAAGGGAAGGUCCUGUCUAGCCUAAUUAUCCAAUUAGGUAUGAAUAUAUGCACAUCCUGUACUAUACACAGUCCUGUUCUAUAUUCGACAGUGGGAUGUUGCAGUGGGGGUUAGCGUUUGCGUUAUUGGUUGGUUUGGUUAUAGGCGGAUUAGCGUCGGAUUUCAGUUUUAAGUGUAAGUGUUAUUGGGUCAGAAAUAAGCUUGUGGAUUGGAAUCAGGUCUAGGGCCACGCCUAGGACACAGGAAUAGGAACGUCCCUGGAAUUAAGUGCGAGUCCAUCGGUGGUACUUUGCGGUCCAUAUUCCCGUAUCUAGCCACUUAUCCUUGUUAAGACACAUCGCAUAGGCGUUCAUAAAUGUACUCUGACUUUGGAGGCGAAUGCAGUCUUAGCAGUGAUUUGAGAUUUCAGCAUUCUAGUGCUUUUAAGGAGGAAAUUUUUGACAAAACACAUAAAUUUUUGAUUCCCAUGGCAACGGUAUAGAGAAAAGCCAAACCUAACUGUCAGUAGACUGGGGAUCGUGCUAUACGUGAUCUAUGGUUAAGGGCAAUUUGUGUGCGGGGCAGCAAGCUAGACAUUAAGUUGGCAAAAUGAAAGAAGACGCAAUAAUUGCCUGAAUUUAUACCAAAAAUAAUUCCCUACGCUAUUGUGCGACAACGGAAAUGAGAGUAAUAAUUAAGCAAUAAACAAAAAGUAAAUUUCACAAAAUAACGGAUUUCAAGUUAAGGCGUGAGGUCGUGGGAAGUAAUCGUUGUUGAGAGCGUAAUUUCUCCAACAGUCUGCAGAUGUAUGCCAAGAUAAAACCACAUAUGAGACGAUCCACAGUCUACGGCCAUCCAAAUUUUGUAAAUGGUUUGACUCACAGUUGACUUCAUUAUUAUGGUUUCAUUGCGGUAUGUUCUGCAGCAUCAUUUCACAAUCACCAGCGGCACAAUACACAAGGCGAAGAAUGACUACAUAUGCAUGUUCGUGGCAUGGCAGCAGUUAGCUUUUAAACCUGACAAGCAAAGGCGCUCGUAGUGUUUACCGAAUAAACAAGAUAUAUCAACCCUUGGUGAAGUAGUAAUUCACACCUUCACACAUGAAAUAGAAGUGAGGAGCCAAUUCCCCCAGAAACUUCUAAGAAAUCGAUCUUUCUACCAUUAUUCCUGGAGUACAUGAGUCCUUUUAUUAUGGACACUAAUCUUCAGUGGGGAAAUGGAACACUUCUGAUAUAGCAAUUUAUUGAUGGGUGUUGAGCAGAGGCGAUGCUCAUCAGAAAGCUAACGCUGUGCAAGUGACUUCUUUGGCACUUAAGGUCUGAAUAUUUAUAUCCUGCCUCUCAUAUGAAUAUACCUCAGAAUAGGAUUGACAAUAUUUUGCCUUUACAGAAGUGUUAAGAGCAGAUACUUAUGAGUUUUAAUUUAUUAACAGGGUGCAUAAUAUCAGACAAAUAUGUUCCUGUUUGUCUGAUCAAACUUAACGGAAUUCAUUUCGUUGCAAAUAGAAAACUUCAGUCCGGGAUGUCCUUCUGAAUUGAUCUUCGACCAGCAGUUUUGUAGGCCAGCGAGAAAAUUCUUGGUAACCAAUGAGCAUUGAGCCAGCACAGACUCGCGAUCACGAAAAUACUGGAUUUAAAUUAUGGGUAAAUUGCUCACAAGCACAAGUAAAGGCCUCAUUUCACCCUACGAGCAGUACCCAGCACAGAAGCAUAAUCAUAAGUUAGGACUCUGUCCGUUGGUAGCAAACAUUGUCAAGGGGUUGCAUCACCCCUCAUAUCCGCGGACGUAACGGAAUAUCCCUAUUCCAGGAGCGGCCCAUUCGACCACCGCGAACACAUCCGCGGUUGGCCGACGUCUCAAUGUCGUGAUCGCAUGCUUAUCCGGCAGAAAAUAUCUCCCCAAAUAUCUGCCAGCUCGGAAAGAAGAUGUUGGAAGUCACGCGAAUGAUAAAUCGUCGGGCCCCUAUCAUUUAGUAAGUAACUCAUGAUCAUUUCAAUAUAUGGCAUUAUUUACGGCUAGUCAUAUCACCGUUAGAAACGGACUGCAUUAAAGAUGUUUCCGCAGUAAAACGAGAACUAAAAUAUGGUUCCUCAAUAUAGUUGAUUCAAUGCCUUUUCUCUAGAAAAUCGGGUAUGCUGUGGUGCCCCGACGAGGCAAUCAUUCGAAACGCACAUCUCACCUCUACUUAAUUUGUUGAACUGACCCACAAACCAUUGUUUCAAAGAAAUGAUGAGUUUUGCAGUGGAGAGAAUUCAAUGUAGGCAGGAGAGAUGAAAGAAACUCGAUUUUCCAAUGCCAGUUAUGCUAAAUUGUUGUAUUUUAAUGCUCGUAUAAAAGAGGUCAGCAUUGAAAAACAAACAGUAAUAAUGAGCAUCUAUCUUAAUCAUACGGAAUAGAGCCUGUCCUUUUCAUGCACCUGGUUCAACAUUUGUUGCCUAUUGGCCUGCGAGCAGUUAUUUCAAACAAAUCGUACAUCCGCUUGCGAGUGAUGAGACUUCCUCGGUGAUGCCUCGCUACGCGUCUACUAAGGUCUCGGUGAAUUCUAAGUAUAUUCUGACAUCUUCAGCCAGGAAAGAGUUAACAACGGGUCCGUCACGAUCCUCGUACCAUAUGCCGUGGUCAGAUCCACGAAGGUAGGAGAGAGGUAGGUAAGUUUGUCCUGACAGUUCUCAAAGCAAUCAAAAACAAACCUCGUCUCUAUCCCCUCGGUCCCACAGCCACAGAUUGCUGCGCUGAUAAUGCUCACUCCGGCAGCCUGAAGCGCGUGGUUAAACAGUUAUGCGGUGGGCACGAAUGAAAUUGCGGGACCUAUUUGUUUUAAUAGUGGUUAGAGGUCGAAUCGAGUUGCUAAAGUGCUCGGCGUGAGCCUGUUUGCCUUCUUCGUUGCAGUCAAGUCGUUCAAAAAACCUGAUUUUUCUUCUCCUGUUGCAGGCCCACCUUGACACCCGUGCAGACAACGUCGAUUUAUACCAACUGAUCAUCAUCCUUCUUGGUGUGUGUGUGUGUGUGUGUGUGUGUGUGUGACCGACUCCAGGGAUGAGGAUCAGGACUACACCUGCCCUCACUGCGACCGUACUUUCACCUCACACAUCGGCCUGGUCGGUCACUUGCGAAUCCAUCGCACAGAGCCUGGCGAACCAGUGCCUGGAGCACUAACCUACACCCACCGCACUCGCCUCCACUGCCCACACUGCCCUCGCACCUUCACGCAUCGCAUGGGCCUUUUCGGCCACAUGCGCAUCCACGAGAGCGGCCUUGACCGCACUCCCGACACACCCACUACAUCCAACACAUCCACCGUGCACACCCCCACUCUCGUUCCAUCCGUCCGAGACACCACCAUCAUCACCACCACCACCGCCUCCUCUGUAGCUGACACUGACACCGCCGACUUCUCAUGCCCACACUGUCCACGCACAUUCACCUCACGCAUCGGCCUGGUCGGUCACUUGCGAAUCCAUCGCACAGAGACUGGCGACCCAGUGCCUGGAGCACCCACGUAUACCGAUCAAGCUCGUCUCAACUGCCCACACUGUCCUCGCACUUUCAGGCAUCGCAUGAGCCUAUUCGGCCACGUGCGCAUCCACGACGACCUGCGGUAG